AUGGGUAAAUUCUACGACUCGAUCCCCCCUAACCUCAUGAAAUGGAUCGAGGCUCAGCAGAUGUUCUGGGUCGCCUCCGCGCCCCUCGGCGGAGAGGGGCAUGUCAACCUCUCACCUAAAGGGCUCAAGGGGACAUUGCAUAUUGCGAACGAGAGCCAGGUUUGGUAUGAGGAUAUGACUGGAAGCGGCAGCGAGACUAUGGCACAUCUUCGUGAGCCGGGUAAUGGCCGGAUGACGAUCAUGUUCUGCGCCUUCGAAGGUACUCCUAGAAUCAUGCGGUUAUUCGGACACGGUCGCGUCCUCGAGUUCGGCACGCCCGAGUACGAAGAACUACUCCCGCCAGAUGUCCGUCAUCCCGGCUCGCGCUGCGUGGUUGUAGUCGAUAUCCACAAAGUCGGCACUUCUUGUGGUUUCGGCGUUCCUCAAUAUGCCUUCCUCGCCCAUCGACCGACCUUGUACAAUUGGUUGGCACAGCUAGAAACCACCGAGCAAGAACACGAUGCCGCCGAUGGCGCAGCCGAUCCCUCAUCCGAGCCGCGAGUCGCCGAGAAGGGGCUGAAGGCAUACUGGAGAAAGGAGAACUUGAAGAGCAUGGACGGCCUGCCAGCCUUGCAGGCCGCGCACAUCAGCCGAACAACACCGACACACGCGCCCCCUCGCGGAGAAUGGGGUAAGGAAGGCAAUGCAUUGCACCAUGCAGUAAGGAAGGAUGCUGGAAACGGGGCAGCCCGGCCUUCUCUGGCGCUGCAGAAGCCGAAGGCCGUCUUCGGUGGUAUGGAUGCCGCUGAGGUGACCAGGCUUGUGAUCGCCUUCUCGCUGGGAGUGGCUAUUACCGCCGUUUACAUUCAGAUGGUUGGCGGUCCGUGCUGA